CACCAGACCGUGGAUCCAGCCACAGCCGAACGCGCUGCAAAGUCGCUCUCCACAUCUUCCGCAUCGCCCCUCGAGCUGAAGUGCUCCCAAUGUGGGAUCACAUACCGAAAGCAGUCAGCCUUUGACAAACACGUGGAGAACCAUACACGGCCGUUCAUCUGCGUCUUCCACUACGCUGGAUGCAACAGGACGUUCUCAAAGAAGAAUGAGUGGAAGCGCCACGUGCUGAGGCAGCAUAUCUGCCUCGAAUACUACCACUGCGAGCUCCCUCAAUAUGCCGCCGCCACACAGUCCGCGACCACGUGUCAAGUCAAAAGCCACCCUGCUUGUGGUAAAACAUUCAGGAGAAAAGAUUUACACAGGGAGCAUGUUCGCCGGAUGCAUCUCCUGGAGAGCCACCAGGAGCCACAGCCCAUAGCUAAGAUGCAGAAACAAGCGCUGCGCAAGCGUUUCCAGCUUCCAAGGAAGCUUGCAUGCCCCGUUGAGCUUUGCAAUUUUAUUUUUGACGGAGACAAAGCCUUGGACGAGUGGAUGGAGCACGCCGCUCGGCACCUCAGGGCGGCACACGAUGAACUAGAGCCAAAGGUCGAAUUCGGCGGCUCCAAAGACAGCUGCCUCGCAAAAUGGGCCGAGAGCGUCAAAGUU